AUUUACAUUCAGUCUACUCUGAGGUUAUCUUUGAAGCCUCAUUACUUAGAUGUCUGUGGAAUCCUUCAAACCAUAGGACAGCCAAGGUCAGAGGCUGCUCUUCACCAGACAGCAAAGUCCCAGAGGCUGUUUCAGGGCUUUGUGUCGUUCAAGGAUGUGGCUGUGAACUUCACUGAGGAAGAAUGGAGAGAACUGGACCCUGCGCAGAGAGUCCUGCACAGGGAGGUGAUGCUAGAGAACUAUAGGAACCUGGUUUCCUUGGGAUUUCCAUUUUCUAAACCUGAUGUCACCUCCCAAUUGGAACAAGUGGUAAAUCCACGGAUGCAGGAGGGAGCAGUGCUAAGCAGCAGCUCUACACACUUGGAGACCAGAAAGUCAAAACCAAAGAAAGUAUUUUCUGAAGAAGAAUCAUACCAGGGGAUAAAUAUGGAGAGAAGCACAGAGGCUGAUGCAAGGACCGCCAGUCUGAAAGAGGCCUGGGGAUGUACAGAGAUCAGAGAGGGUGCUCAAGAUAGACUCUGGGAAGAAGGAACAGUUACCUGCAAGAAAAGAACUUCUAUAGCAGAUGGGAGCCCCAAAUGUGUUGAAUUUGGCAGACAUGUUAGUCUGAAGUCAGACUUUGUUAUACAACCAAGACAUUCUAAAGAAGAGAGGCUUUAUACACAUGAUGCUCAGGGAAAGAGCUUCAAACAGAAUUCAAAAUUAGCCAGACAUGAGAAAGACAGCACAAAUGAAAAAGUUCUUUGGUGUAAUGAGUGUGGUAGAAUCUUCAGCGAUUACUCAGUUUAUAUUCAACAUUGUAUAGUUCAUACUGGAGAGACAGAUUUGGAAUGUAAUCAAUAUGAGAGUGCCUUUGGUCAUGAUGAACACCACACUGAACAUCAGAAAACUAAUAUUAGAGAGAAGACUUAUGAAGAUAGAAAAGCCUGUAACUGGAACGCAUACCUUACCAAACAUCAUCAGAAUGUUCCUAGUGGGAAGGAACAUAAUGUGUGUGAAAGAGCCUUAAUUCAGAACACACCAUUUAUUCAACAUCAGAGAAUCCAGAGUGCAGAGAAACUUUAUGAUUGUAGUCAAUGUAGAAAAACUUUCAGUAAUUAUUCAGCACUUACAAUACAUCAGAGAAUUCAUACUGGGGAGAAAUCAUAUGAAUGCAAUGAAUGUGGGAAAGCCUUUAAUCACAGCUCAUCUCUUAUUCAACACCAGAGAAUCCAUACUGGAGAGAAACCCCACGAAUGUAAUAAAUGUAGUAAAGUCUUCAGUCACAAUUCAUCCUGUUUUGAACAUCAGUUUAUUCAUACUGGAGAGAAGCCCUAUGAAUGCAAUGAAUGUGGGAAAGCCUUUAGUCACAACUCUUCCCUUAUUGUCCAUCACUUUAUUCACACUGGAGAGAAACCCUAUGAAUGUAGUGAAUGUGGCAAGGUCUUUAGUCAGAGCUCACACCUCUAUCAACAUCAGAGAACUCACACUGGAGAGAAACCUUAUACCUGUAAUGACUGCCGGAAAGCCUUUAGUGAUCGAUCAGCCCUUAUUCGACAUCAGAGAACUCAUACUGGAGAAAAACCCUACAAGUGUGGAGAAUGUGGUAAAGCCUUCAGUCAGAGCUCAACUCUCACAAAACAUACAAAAAUCCACACUGGAGAGAAACCCUACACCUGUAAAGAUUGUGGGAAAGCCUUCAGUCAGAGUUCAUCCCUCACUCAACAUCAGAGGGUUCAUACUAGAGAGAAACCAUUUGAAUGUCAUGAGUGUGGGAAAGCCUUCAGUAGAAGUGCCCAUCUUACUCAGCAUCAGAGGAUUCACACAGGAGAGAAACCUUGUGAGUGUAAUGAAUGUGGCAGAGCUUUCAGGUGUAGUUCAGCCCUCAUUAGGCAUCAGAGACUUCACAGUGGAGAAUCACUCUGAAUGUGUGGAUGUAUUCAUUCAGACUCUUCACUUUGUUAAAUACCAUGCUUUCAUUGGUUGUUACAGUGGUCACACUUUUUUAUUUUGAGGGUUGAAAAUGCCCUCCCCCCACUUUCUCCUGCAAAGUAUUAGCUGCCAGAAUACCACAAAUCCAAGUGAAGAAACACUUGAGUCUGAAAUCUGGAAUAGCCCAAGAUACUCUAAACAUCAAUCUUUGUGUGUGUGUCUGUGUAUGUGUGUGUGUGUGUAUUUUUAUCCA